AUGCGCGUGCGAUUGCAAAAUGAUUCAUUAGCACAAAUAUUUUCCGAACAAUUACUAGAUAUUGGGAACGGUAAAACAGAACUGCAACCAAAUACGCAAUGCAUUAAACUGCCAGACAAUUUUUGUACCGUUCUUCAAGAAAAAAAUGAAUUGAUUCAGAGUAUUUUUCCGAAUAUACAAAGAAAUUACUUGAAUCCUACCUGGCUCAGUGAGCGGGCUAUUUUGGCAGCCAAAAAUGUUGAUUUUGACGAAAUAAACUUCCAGAUACAACAAUUUUUACCAGGCGAUAUGAUGUCUUUUAAAUCAAUCGAUACUGUUCUUAAUGAAUAUUAA